AUGACAUCUCCAAAUAACAACCCAACAGAACUUGAAAUCAAGGGCUUGGCUCUCUUGGUCGAUCAAUUGGAUCAUCAGAUGUUAAAGAUGCUUGAAGGACAACGAAUGCAAGAGCGGCAACAGCAGCAACAGCAACCCAAUCUAACGCAGAAGAUCCAAGAGGUACGAGACAUGCGACUCCAGGCCCUGAAAGAGCUGGACAGGCUCACUCGUAUCGCUAGAGUGAUGCGGCAGUAUCAGUAG